AUGGGAGAAGGCGGCGCUCAUCCUUGGUGGGGCAACCUUGGUGGUCCCGUUCAGAGACAUAUCGUAACAUAUUCUAUUUCUCCAUACAAACAACGUGCUUUCGCGGGCGCUUUAUCACGCGGUGUUUUCAAUACUUACCGGCGCAUAGCUUCUCAAGCUUUUUAUAUGGGCGUUCCUGCAUUUAUUG